AUGUUUACAAAAUUCGAACGCUGUCGGUAUUUUUCUGGAUAUUAAAUCUUUUAAAAAUAAUUUCCUUUGAGAAGUAAAACGUGAAAAUGAAUCCCCAUUUUGGUGAAAUAGUGCAACCAUCAUCUCGAGCAUUUUGGCUAGACGAAGACGAUGAGGAAUUGCAAGAAGGUUCACAAGAAGACUCUAAAUUUUCAAUCGAAUGGUUGCAAAAAGAGCCGGCAUCCUUUGAAAAAUUAAUCAUUGUGGAGGGUAACAUGGUUGUCGAUUUCACAAAAGAGUGUAUACUUCCUGAUGCAAAAGAAAUUUGUAUUAUAAAACACGAAUCACAUAAAAAAUCUUCGAUUAUUUACGAAGUUGAUAGUUCUUUAUAUAUUUGCAUUGUUAGCACGGAACUUGAUUUAACUGAAGCCGGAGGUUUUAUUGAUAUUAUACAUGGGAUUUUAUCAAAGUCCAAGAAAAUAAUUGCGCUUACGAAUUGCCACGUCUCGCAAUUAAAAAGUAAUGAAGAUUGCAGUGCUCCUUCAUUUUUGAAAUCCUUGUCUACUAAAGACGCCAGGAAUUCGUGGAAAGUUAACGCACCACAUUUAGGUCAACCCAAUAUUAUUUCGGGAGUUGCUGCGGGCGCUCUUUCAUUUGCGGAAAUAAAAGGAUCUUACGGUAUUCUUUUUGUCCUGUACACUGAUAAUUUUACCUUAGAUUCAAAAAGUGCACAUCCACUGGUAGAAUUGUUCUCUGAAAUAACAAAUCGUUCCCUUCCAGAAUUUUCUUCUGUUCGAAGCGUCUAUUUUAAUAAAGUGCUGUCUGCUCAUCGUAGCCACAGACAUUCAAAUGUUCACGCGGCGCUCCCACCACUUCCCCCCAUGCGACGGUUGUCCGCAACGAGGAAGCGGAGCAUGUCUAUUCUCCAUGGAGCCGAGGCUACGCUCCGUACGCAACUUCAGACUACGCUCGUCCGCUCUCUGAUUAUAAAGUAAUUUUUUUAA